AAAGAAUAUACCUGGAAAAAAGUCUGCAGGAACACAUGCAACAUCUAUUGACAUCGUUAAGACAAGAAUUUGCGAUAUGUGGCGUUUAGUUUGUCGGUGGUGCUGAAACAAAAAACCUAUAAAAUGGUCCCCACGCUGACUACAUAUUUCAUCCCUUCGUUGAGUGCCUACAGAACGACCUCGAACACAUUCAGUACUGCAACUAAAACUGCCUACAAGAUGCUUCUCAAGUCGGUCAUGGUUUUUAUGCUUCUUAUUGCUGUUGUCUCAGCAUGCGGAGGCGGAGGAAGAAGAGGUGGAGGUGGUGGAGGUGGAGGCGGUAGUGGUUCAAAUUGCCGAACUACUUGCAGAAUGGUGUGCUACCGGAUUCGAGUGUGCCGCCCUUCCAAUCCAAGUCACUGUCCAGUUAGCACAAAAUGUUUUAGAAAGUGUACAAACCCUUGCAGAAGUGUAAAGAAGAGGUCUAUCCCAGAAGACAAGGUUAUUUUACAGCUACCUUCGACGUUCACCUUCUACGAUAGCGAUAAAGAUGGGGGGAUCAGCCUGGAGGAGUUUGCCCGUGCUAUUGAAUGGGACCAAGAAAAGGCCAACGAGAUGUUUGAACUGAUCGACACCGACUCAGAUAAGAGGAUAGCUUGCGAUGAAUUUAAGAAAGCUCUGAAAGGAGUAGACGACACUGAGCCAAGCUGUUAGGCUGAAUCUACCGCAACAGAAAUGACCGUCGAAUGGCUUGGACGAACACUAUGAUUGUGUAAAAGUGAAUGUAAGCUUUAAAUCUGCUUUACACUUAAAUAAUAGCGACUUAGAACAAAAUAGCAAGCUCCAUCAUAUACCAAAGAAUAUGCGUGUGACAGUGGUUUUAGGGUUAAAGAUAAACUAUGCUUAACUAAUACAGCGUGUCCUAAUUGUACAAUCGCAUUAAAAGCCAUGCGCAAUAAAACUCUUUGAAUCAUGUCUCAUGAAA